AUGCCCGUGCUGUCCGCUCGUGUUCCACGUGCCCUUGGUGUCCGUACCCGGCUGUGCCCCGCCAGUCUCACCCGUGCUAUCCGUACCCGGUGCCCCCCGUGUUCCCGUGCUGCCCCCCGUGUUCCCGUGCUGCCCCCCGUGUUUCCGUGCUGCCCCCCCGUGUUCCCGUGCUUACCGCCGUGUUCCCGUGCUGCCCCUCGUGUUCCCGUGCUGCCCCGCUCUCCCCGUGCUGCCCCGUUCUGCCUGUGUUGUGCCCGUUCCCGUGCCGUAUUGCCCCGUUCAUCCCUUGUCCUGCCCCGUUCUUCUUGUGCAGCCCCGUUGUCCCCGUGUUGCCCCGUUCAGCCCGUGUCCUGCCCCGUUCAGCCCCCCGUGUCCUGCCCCGUUCUGCUGCCAGUGUUGCCCCGUUCAGCCCGUGUCCUGCCCCGCUCUGCCCGUGUUGCCCCGUUCUGCCCGUGUUUCCCCGUUCAGCCCGUGUCUUGCCCCGUUCAGCCCGUGUCCUGCCCCGUUCUGCCCGUGUUGCCCCGUUCAGCCCGUUUUGCCCCGUUCUGCCCGUGUUGCCCCGUUCAGCCCGUCCCGUGUUUUGCCCUGUUCUGCCCGUGUUGCCCCGUUCAGCCCGUGUCCUGCCCCGUUCUGCCCGUGUUGGCCCGUUCAGCCCGUGUCCUGCCCCGUUCUGCCCGUGUUGCCCUGUUCUGCCCGUGCUGCCACGCUCUGCCCGUUUGUGCCCUACCCGUGCUGUCCGUACCCGUUGGUGCCCCCACCCGUGCUGUCAGUUCUCGCUCGUGCCCCACCCGGUCUGUGCUGCCCGGUCUCGUGCUGCUCGUCACCCCCGUGCGGCCCGUCCCGUACAGCACCUAG